AUGGCUGCAACCUCUCGCCCGCGAGCACACACUCCCUCCCCCCUUGCGCGUCUCUCCAGACUGUUCAAGCACCCCAGCUCGGCGUCCCCCACCUCAGCCGAUUCGGACAAGAUGACUGCCAAUGACGACGACGACGAGUGGUACAUCCCGUAUCAUGGCCCAUAUGAGCCCCCACGCCCUCGCGCUCACGACGGCGAGGGACGUGACAGUUGGGGGCGGCUGGUCAGCGGCUGGCUGGGCGAGGGCGACAGCAUACAGCAACAACAAAGACCGCGCACACGCGAAGGCACGCCGGACCUACACAACCGAGUCUUGCGCCAGCCAAGCCGCGUCCGUCUGCGUGCUGCAACAACCACAUCACUUGCCGACCCGCCCCGUCCGAGCACAUCAACCCGCCGCAAUGUCCCAUCCCUCAUCCACCUCGACCAAGCAGGCGGCGUCGGUGAGGCUCCCCUCCCUGUGCGCGUCCCGCGAGAAGACCAGCAUCCCCGCCCAGAACCCAGUCGGCACAGUAUCGUGAAUCUCCUCUCGUUUGGACAGGCGGGCAGGCGCAAUAGUGUCCGACAUUCUGCAUCAGUCGGCCAACUAUACCCAGAUGCGGAGGUGGCAGCGAGGUCAUCGGAGAACCCUUCCUCGUCGCGGUGGGUGGAUGGCGAGAGCCAGACCUUGUAUGUGAAGAGGCACCCAUAUGCCUUCCCGUUCUCCGCGCCCGUUACUUCUACCUCUGCGUCACCCAUCACACCAGUCACCGCUCCCACUCCCACCCGCAAGCGUCAUCCUCCGCCCCUGCUUCUGCAAAAGCCCCCACCAGUCGCCAACGCGUCCAGACUGAACCUCAAAACAUCCGCAUCGACACCUAACCUCCGCAAUGCCUCGACCACACCCGCCCACCCCCCUUUGGCGCUGCCGAAGGGCAAGCAACGCUGGCUCUCGCCCGAGACAUGGUGCGAUGCACUCAUCCUUCCGCGGCCGCGCUUCACGAUACGCGUCGAUGCGUAUACGGGUGGGAGCAGCGGGCGCAUCGUCAGUCCUCCUGCGAGUGUUGUCUGGGCCUCGGGUUCAGGUCCCUCUGGACAGAAUCGUGCGCUGGCGGAGCGGGCGGCGGCUGCGAUCGCGGGCGAGGGGGAGGACCGGCGGAGUGGGCUGUACAAAUCACGGUCGCUCGCUAACCUCGAGUCCACAUACCAUGCUGCAGAUGUUCUACGCGCGGAGCCGAUGCGUGUAAGAGCAGGAGCUGGAGUCGUUGGUGGCGAAGGAGGAGGAGAGGGGGAAGGUGUUGCUGGGCCGUCCAGGUUAAGACCGCCGAGGCCGAAAAGCUUCGCGUUGGAUGACCUCGCGCUGCCGAGUCCGGUUCCGUCCCUGUCCAAGGUAUUGGAAGAUGGUAGACAGCUUGAAGAGCAACGCAAGGCAUGGCAGUCGCAGGCAACACGCUCUUUUCAAAAUAAACGCGCACGCUCCUUCUCCCGCGCCCGUGCAAGAUCCCUUGGAGGUGCCAACGCCCGCGCUGCGCACGAUGCAGGCCGCACUAGUGCAAUGGAUGUGCUCGCCGAACGGACACUUCUCGGCAACCAGACCCGGCCGCCCACUGUGCACGUUCGCCUACGCCCAUCACACUCGCAGCCUCUACGUGCGGCAGCUGAGCGUGGCGCGGGCACCAGCACGCUCACGACGACGGCCUCUGGCGGACGGACGCGCUCACAUGCUCAUUCAAAUUCAGCCGGCACAAGUUCUUCGCGUAAUCACACAGAGGAAUCUUUCAUGUGGGGCGCCGGGAAUAGUAGCGGGGGGCCAAACCAUGCCCGCGCUCAAUCUCUCGGCCGCUCGGCGCUGCGUCUUGUGCGUUCUACAGCGUCAAAUGCAGCGACGUUCUGUGGCUUCGUGAGCGUGGAGAAGCUGUCAGGACGCAGUCCUGUACCAUUCUCGCCGGAUGAGGCGGCGAAUAGAUUGGAGAGUGCUCUGCGCAGACAGGACACUCGCGUGAUACGUCUGCAAGAUCAGGUCAGAUGGGGCAAAAGCCGGGACGAGCACCACGAGAGUGUCGUGCUCAUCACUCCUGCGUCGCCGCUCACGACGCAGCCUGCGCCACAGCCCAUCUCUCUUGGACCUAAUGGACUGACCGGCGACUCGCCGGCACCGUCAGCGGGGUCAUAUUCUGGCGAAGGCAUAGGCGUCGCCAUAUCGACACCCACGCCGUCGGAUGAACAAGCUCGUCAGCGGACUGCAGGCCGCGAACCUCUCCGGAUGCCUGCACACCCAUAUGCACAGGGCGCGGCGUAUUACUACUACUCUGCUCCGGACCGCGCGCCCGAGGCAGAGGUCUCAUUUUCAGCUGCUCGUAAUGAAUCUGAACAGCUUGAAGAUGGUUUAGUGCGACAGCGACAGCCGGUCAUGGUUCAUCCAUACUCUCCUUAUGCACAAGCUCAGCAAACUUCAGACGCUCCGCUUAUCACGCGCACCGCGCCAGAUCUCGACAAUCCAGUGGAAGUGCAGGAGAUCGCGCUCCCCGCUGAUUCCAAUGCAAACUUAUAUGCGGAACUCAGCCCCGGACAUAUUCGCGAGUUUCCCGCGGACGAACUCCGUUACUCACCGUUCAUUCUUGUUCACCCUGUACAGCGGCAGCACGAUAAAACACAGGUAGACGAGAUUCCACCCAGCAUGGGUUCGUCUAGAGCGCAUCCAUACGGCCCGCAGUCGAAGCGAACCAGUGAAUGGGGGUUCGCUGAUGCACUCACACAGACGUUGAGGGAUCGGGGCAGCGUCGACAGCGGGAUCGGAACAUGCGAGAGAAACGACCCACUUCGAACGGACGACCCUGGGAUUUCCCCCUCGUCUUUAGAAGCUUCCCCGGAUGCGUUAGACUCGGAAAGGCGUGAUGCAGCUUUCUUAUCCUUUUCUUCCCAAAGCCUUGUUGUACCUGCAUCUAGUUUGCGGACUCCGGGGUCUCAGACGCGUCCAGCGAUGGAACGGCGCGAGACCACACAUUCCUCGGGGAACACACUAGCCUCGUCACCCAUCGACCACAUCCUUCCACCCUCCUUCCGUCGGCGGACGUCUUCUGGUGUCCGCACAGCCUACUCGUCGGCAUCGUCACCGGGCGUCGUUUCUCUCGAGUCGUCCCCUCCUACCUCGCCACGUCCGCUCAACGGUCCAUCAGACGAUCUUGAACGGUUUAGGAAUCUGUUCUAUCGCCCACCAUCUCCCCAGGACCUGGAGUCGCGGAGAAGUGAGAGCAGGAGUAGAUCCCCGUCUAUCGAGCGGCCCGCACGGAUGUCUCCCCUUUUGGAGAGCGAGGCCAGCGCAGGCAUCCCUGCGGAUAUCUCGUCUGCAAGCACGCGCAGUGUCAGCGGGCUCACGAACCUUGCGCAGCAGCUCACAGAUGACUUGGAAGAGCUUCGGGAACUCACCGACAUGAGCGAUCCUCACGACGAUAUCGCUAACAGCGAGCGCGAGCGCAUGUCAUCGCCGAUGUCCUCUCCACCAAAGUGGGGCAGGCGAUUUGGGGGGCUGCGUGGACCACGGCCUCGAGAUGCAGUCCCGGACCCGAAUACUGUCUUAUCCCAGUCGUCGUCAGCAGCAAGUUCCCCUCCCGGUGUCGGUGCAUUAUCUCCGUUGCGUUUUCCCCUCGACCAGCAUGGGUCGCUCGCUCAACCGACCAUCAACGUACCGGAAGAUGUGGAUACUCUAUCAAGGUCAUCUUCUGAACUGGCUCUUCAGGAUGACGCGGACGAGACCUUACGCGUUGGCAUCGUUGAAGCUCUUGCGACACCCCCGCCCCUUUCCAGCCCUCAUCGCGCCUCAAGCCGCCUCUCCCUCAUUCAUUUUUCACAUACUGAUGGCGACGGCAGCAUGCGGCUUAGCGCGGAUCAGCUCGACGCGCGCACUAACUCGCAAUACUCUAGCCUAGGUGCCCUGACCUCUGACGUUGCACGCUCAAGUUACAUGACUGCCGGCACGACUGGGACGUCCCAUAUGUCUGGCCUUUCCGAUUUCCCGGCACCGCCGACGGAAGUGACGCCCGAGCACAUGUCAGUUCUCGAUUCUUAUUUUGACGACAAUUCCUUGGCGCAACCGCAUGGUCGAUCUCUCAACGCCUCUUUCGGCACGCGUCCUGCGGGUGUUCUCAUACGUGAAUCUAGUCGCGGAACAUUCGGUCGUCAGGAUGAUGUCGGACAGGCCCUUUGA